CUGAUUUUCAUGCCCAGAGAGAGAAAUAUACACACAAGAGAGAGAGAGAGAGAGAGGAGUACUGCGCAAGGUUUUCUCUCUCACACAGACACACACACUCUGAAGAGAAGGGAAAGAGAAAGAGUAGAGAUAAAGACAGAAGGAGGAGGAGGAGGAGGAGGAGUAGGAGGGUGAGAAGGGCAUCAUCCAUUUUUCCAGAUUUCAGUUCUUUAAUUUCUCAGAAACUACCGACGAAGACGAAGGGUUUUGGUGAAGAUUCUUACAUCCUCUGUUUCCUGUAAGAAUGCUGAGGAAGAGAGCUCGAUCUUACACCAAGAAUCAAAGCCAAUCCGGGACAACAAUGCCGCCGAUUUCCACCUCGGAUUCAUACUCCCAAUCCGAUGUUUCGAUCCAUAAUUACAAAGGAACCUCUGUUCUAAAGGUCCCGGGAUUGUUUGUAGGGAUCCCCGGGAGCUCCGAAUUCGACUCGGUUCGAAGCCCGACGUCGACGUUGGAUUAUCGAACAUUUUCGGGGAUCGGAAUUCCGUUUAGGCUCGCAAGAUCGUCCCAAAACGAUCGACAUUUAAAGCCGUGGGAUUGUACUAAAGUGGGCUUAAGCAUUGUCGAUUCUCUCGACGAUGAGGCGAAGGAGUUGGGAAAUGUCACUCGAUUGUUUCGUGACGGUAAAAAUAUCGUCUUUGAACGGAAAAUGAGCAUUAGGAGUCCGGUCGAUUUUGUCGAGACGCCUAAGUCUCUUCCGGCGAACUUACCAGCGUUUCGUAAUAGUAAUCGCGGCGAUGUCCGAAAGGGCAAUCCCAAUGUGGUGUUUGAAAUCGGCGGUGGAACGGACGAGCCCGAGAAGUUUCAUGCUCGUUCGUUGGAUUCGGGAACGUGUGGCUCUCGUUUAUCGAAUUUUAAAAGAAGUUUUGUGGGUUCGAUGCCGACGAGUGAAAUUGAGCUUUCCGAGGAUUAUACUUGUGUUCGAAUCCACGGCUCGAAUCCGAAGGUCACUCAUAUCUUCGGCGACUGCAUUUUAGAAUGUCGCGACGAUGAAGUAUUCUCGAUCGAACGUCGGGAUGACGGGAUCGGUAAUAAGGAAUCUGCGGAUCGUUUUUUGGAUCCCGUCGACGAUUUCUUGAAAUUUUGCCACUUUUGUCGCAAGAAAUUAGACGGAGAGGAUAUAUACAUGUAUAGGGGCGAGAAAUCGUUUUGCAGCUACGAUUGCCGGUUGCGGGCGAUCGAGAUGGACGAGGAGAUGGAACAGACGGCGAAGCGGGAUUGUCCCGAGAUUCACGACGACGGGUCGAGUAACGGCAGCAGCAGCUUGUUCAUUGCGGGAUAGGUACGUCGAGCACAAUACCGAUGACGGGUGAAGCUCGGGGAUUGUCGAUUGUCGUCGACGAGACGGGACAGAGAGCUGUGUUGUUUUUAUCUGUCAUGGUUUUGUAGUGUAAUGAAGGGGGGUUUUGGUGUUGUCUAAAGGGUGUCUUGUCUUGUGGUUUUGUUUUUGUUAUAGAAGAGUUUUUGAUGAUAUGUACAUUGUAGCUCCCCAAACAAGCUUUUAUGUUUUUGUGGGGGUUAAUGUUAUGUAUUCCUUGAACUGAAUUUCUGAGCCAUAUAUGUAUGUAAUGGUGAAGAGUAUUUGAAUGUAAUGUUUUAUCUGUCUAUGUCUUU